GACCUACCCAAUAAUAGGCAGGUGGUCAUAAUUGGUGUAUAUUUAUAUACAUUUGAAGAAUGUGAGAAUGAGCAAUGUGUCUCCUUGUGAUAGUGAGUCAUUAAUAGGAACAUGUCGCUAGUUGAUUCCUCAUGCAGAACCAUAAAUGCAGACCGUCUGCGAUCAUGGACAUGCAGCGCUUCAGUGUACCUCUUCAUCUGCUGCUGCUCAUUUACACUGCAGCAACGGCCAAGGAUAAUGAAGGGUGGUCCAUGAAAGUUCCAACAGAGGUCAGGGCGAUUGAAGGGUACCCGAUAGUGCUGUCCUGCUCUUUUACUCACCCGCACCACACCCAUCCCUCCUCCAUGCAUGUGAUGUGGACCCUCGGGCACGGACGGGCCGCCAAAGUGCUGUUCCACUGCACGAGUCUUAACAACAGCCAGCAGUGCCAAUCAAAGCCAGACCAGGACCAGCGUUACCGCCUUGAGGGCAACCACAGACAGCACGACAUUUCUCUCAGGAUCAACAGCGUGACUUUAAAGGACAGCGGGCGCUAUUAUUGUCGUGUGGAGAUACUAGGAAGCCACGGGCACCCACAUGAAAGCUUUGAAAACACAUUGGGUAUUCGUCUAAGAGUGGAGGCUGCACCCCGUAUCCUGAGCUUGUCUGCCGAGGGCACCGCGGUAUCUGGCAUCAAAGCCCUGUGUCAUGUUCAAGGCUCUCCUCUUCCUGAUGUUCAGUGGAUAGCACCAGAUGCGAUCCUCGAAGACGACCCCGCAUUGGCUCUUUCUCAUGAUGCUGCUGGCCAAUACCGCACAUCAAGUGAACUUCUGGAUGUUAAACCUGGGGGACAGUACACCUGCACAGCCUCAAACUCUUUGGGAAAGGAUCAAGCCACGCUUUACAUUUUGCCUCCUAUUCCUGAGAAGUCAACCACACCACAUUCAUUCUCCCUCCUCAUGCUGAUGCUCGCCCUGGCUUUAGGUUUGAAGCUAAUUCUAGCUUUGGGUGUAGGAGUGUGGGUGAUCAAGACGAGCUUUAGAUUCAGAAAUAACAACGUGACCAAUUAAGACAUAAGUGUGCAUGCUUUAAAUAAUCAAAUUGCAGUAAGUGGCCUUCAAAGCAUCAAAGUCUUUUCCCAGGUAUCUUAAAAAAAAAAAAAAAAACAUGUCCUAAAGAUAAAACUUCCUCUUCCCUUGAAGUACAUAUGACUGUAACUUCUCUUUCUUUUUUUGACUAGAUAAUUUGAACAAGAAAAUUUGGUAACACUUUACUUGAAGGGGCAACCUAGGGUUAUGAAUAUUUAUAAAUUAAUGAAUAUUUUUCUUGACCUCAUCUACAGUGCAAAUCAAACUUGCAGUUUUAAAAUGUCAUUAAGUGUUAAUACUUUGUCAAAUAAUUUUAAAAACCUUAACAAAAUGCAACAGAUGCAUCAAAAGAUUAUACUUAAUAUGUUAAGAAAAUCACUAACAAAAUAUUUAAUUAAUUAAUUGAAUGUAAUUAACUGUUUUUGUAGAGAUAUGGACCCACUGCUGCACGGCUUAACCCAUUAUUGUACUGUUUUCAUUUAAUUUUAGGUGAAUUGAUCUCCUCAUGCAAUAAAAUAUAAUUUUAUCAAUUUUAAUUAUUAUUAUUAUUGAUUGAUUGAUGAUUUUUUUUCUCUAACACCCGUAGGAAACUUAAAAAAAUUGAUGAACUGAAGAAUAUUCAUGACGCUGUUAUAAAACUAUUUGACAGAGUAUUAACUCUUAAUGACAUUUUAAAGACAAAAUUUAAUUUGUAUUGCUGGUAAAAAGUGCUCAGUUAUGUUGUCUUUGUUGUCUUGUUAAUGUCAAGUUGUCAUGACAAGUUAUAAUGUAUUGGUUAAUGUCAAUUGUCAUAACAAAGUCAUCUCAAACAAUGUCAUAUUUGCAUUAAAAAUGACACAAUUGAACGAAUGACACUUAAUGACAGUUGUCAUAAAUGUGCAUAAAAUCUCCUUCAUGUUUCAUGACGUGUGUCAUGUCAAUCAUGAUCAUGAUGGUGUCAUGCCAGUCUUAUUAAAACUGCUUUAAGUAAAGUGUUACUGAAGAUUUAAA